UAAGGAUGCGGGCGGCGGCCCGGCGGCGCGGGCUGCUGCAGGCGGGCGGCGGGCAGCGGCGCAGCGCCUGACCGCAGGGCUCGGCUCCGCUCCUCUCCCGAGGAUGCUGCGGGGCAAUGCCCGGCGACAGGGAGGACGAGAUUUGCGAGAAAGCGCUGCAGCUCCUGGCCGAGCUGUGCUCCGUCGGGGCGGUGGAGAACGAGAACUGCCGGGAUUUCAUCUACUACCUGCGGGACAGAGCCCGGCCCCGCCUCACCGACUCAGAUAUCUCAAUAAGCUUGCUCUCCUUAGUUGUCACAGCCUGUGGCCUUGCUCUGUUUGGUGUCUCUCUGUUCGUAUCUUGGAAGCUUUGUUGGAUCCCUUGGCGAGAGCGUGGUCUGCCAUUUGGGAGCAAAGACAACAAACAAGAAUCGCUGAACUACACAGAUACAGAGACCAAUGACCAUGACUACAGUGAGGAUUAUCUGGGACAGCCUACAGCCUAUCCGGAGUCCUCCAUGAAGAUCAGCCACACCUCCCCUGAUAUUCCAUUAGAUGCUCAGGCAGGAACGAAGGAGAACUGUGUACAGAAUGCGCGAAUGCAUCGUCAGGUCACUGAACCAACCUCUUCUGAUCGGCAUAAUUCAAUCCGAAGACAGCUCAACCUCUCCAACCCCGACUUCAACAUCCAGCAGGUUCAGAAACAGGAGCAACUGACGGGGAUUGGCCGCAUUAAGCCAGAGCUGUAUAAACAAAGAUCAGUGGACACAGAUGAUGGCCGGAGGAGUAAUAGCAAGGCAUGUGGAAAACUGAACUUUAUUCUGAAAUAUGAUUGUGAUUUAGAGCAGUUAAUAGUGAAGAUACACAAGGCCAUCAACCUGCCAGCAAAGGACUUCUCUGGAACUUCAGAUCCAUAUGUGAAGAUAUAUCUGCUUCCUGAUAGGAAAACAAAACACCAGACUAAAGUGCACAGAAAGACCCUAAAUCCAGUAUUUGAUGAAGUUUUUUUAUUUACAGUCCCAUACAAUGAUUUGAAUGCAAGGAAGCUCCAUUUCUCUGUGUAUGACUUUGACAGAUUCUCCAGGCAUGACUUGAUUGGCCAAGUGGUAGUGGACAAUUUUUUAGAUUUGGCAGAUUUUCCCAGGGAAUGUAAUAUUUGGAAGGAUAUUGAAUAUGUCACCAAUGUAAGUAUUACAAAUUUCUUUUUUGAAAUUUUUUGUUUCUGGUUUUAUUUCUUUAAUCUGAUAGUAACUGAAACUGUCUGAUACAUUUGUGAAGGAAACUAUUAUCUCUCUUUCUGAAGCUUUGACCUUAAUCCAAAGAAAUUGAUGGUAUGUUUUCAGUCUUCAUUUCUGAUUCUUUGGAUAUAUUAAAGAAUGUCUUAUGUAGGAGAUAGUGGAUUUAGUCACUGCCCUGCUGAUGAGAUAGAAAAGCUGGAGAAUGUUUUCCUCUUAAUCAUACUUAAUCUAAAACUUACUUAAGGAAAUACUGCUUCUCUUAUUUUGCCUGUCUUUCUGUGUUUUGCAUGAAUCGCCACAUAAAUUACAGCAUACUAAUCAGCCAGAAGUGGAGAUUCAAAAUUUCUUCUGUGGUGCUCUUCAGUCCUUCAGAACACUAUAUUCUCAUAAAGCAAGAUACCACCACUCUAUAAACCGGGGAAUUAGAGUUCAGACUGUGCUGUUCCAUGAAAGCAAUUAAAAACACUGAAGUAGUUUAACUCUUUGUUUCGUAUCUUUUUGUUACAUAGGGAAACAGAAAACUUAGAAGUCCAUAUUUCUGCUAUCCCAAAGUCUCUGUUAUCAAAUUCUAUGCAGGAAUCCAAUUAGUGAUUAGCUACAAACCCACAAAAAUUACUUUUUGGAAAAGAAAGAGCUUUCUUCUCAAAUCAUGAGCCAACCUUCAUGUAAUGCUCU